ACCAUUUGGAACCUUGGACCAUUUCACCACACAAAUAUUUAUUUAUUUUUAUUUAAUUUAGCUAAUUUUUAAGUUGUUUAGGCAGUUUUUUUUAUGCAAAUUGCAUAUUUUAUAUUUUGAGAAUUGUGCCUUUUUGUGUCAGAGAAUGGCUUUCCCUAUCAGCCUUGUCUUUUUGUCGAGUUGGACAGCUGUAGCUUUUACAUUCCCUCACAAUACUUUUGGCAACAUUAUUAAAGGGUCAAGAGUCGAAUUUGAAUCAUCUGGCAGCGGGCUGGACGAACCUGUCCGGGGAAUUGUUAAGGUUGUGCAGCUGGACCCUCGCGCCCUGGCCCGGUCAGAGUUCUUCAGAGGGGCACUGAACCCCAGAAGAGCCCCCUCUCUCAGCUCCAGAGUGUCCUUCCCUGCAUUCUUGUCUCAUGGGCGUCCAGGUCCGGCCCCCAAAACCCCAGUGAGUCCAUUGCACCACCUGCGCCCUAAAAGCCCCACUGAGAGGGAACUAAAGAAGAAGCAAGGCCUGCAGAUGUGGCAGAGAGCCAUGAAUAAAGGAGAGAAGAUGAGCAUUUCCCUGCCGGUCAACCUGAAGGACACUAAACAGACGUGCACUGCUGUACCUUUCACUCAGCGCGUGACAGCAGAUGGAUGUGACACAGUGACAGUGCACAACAAGCUGUGUUUCGGCCAGUGCAGCUCCCUGUUUGUCCCAUCCGAAGGGGAGUUUGCUGGGCUUGGUACCGGGAGAGGGGCCCUCCACCACCAGGCCCCCUGUUCUCGCUGCGCCCCAUCCAAAGCACUCACUGUGACUGUGCCCCUGCGCUGUGGAGCUGAGGUCCGGGAGAAGCGAGUGAUGGUGGUGGAGGAGUGCAAGUGUGAGACAAGCCGAGAAGAAAAGAGUGCUGAGGCUGCAGCUUCCACACACCUGUAACUGUGUAACAUUUGCUACAGUUGAAAUAUGGAGUAGAGGGGUCAGCAUAGGUGUAGAUCUUGGCGGGGGGAUGCAGGGGACACAUUCCACUCAGUAUUUACAACAUGUGCAUUUGUCACUCCCAAUUAAAAACAUGAAAGCAGAGGACUUUUGACAAAAUUAAAGACAUUUACACCAAAAAUUCCUUUAACAGAAUUCAGGAAAUUACGUGUUAGAUACUCCAAAAGCCCUGUUUCAUAUGUGUUCCCCGUAGUGUUGAAACAAAACCUACACCCUUUGAGGCGGAUAAAGAUUUUCAUUUGGACUGGAACCUUUAUUCUCCAUCAAAUCACUGCCAAGAUAUGGACAUUAUUUUUCAUAACUUGUCUGAUAAUUAUAUAGACACUUGUAAAGAGUACUUACAUACGUGUUUGUGUGUGUAUCUGUGUUUGUUGAUGAGCCUGAAUGUGUUAUUCAGAUUAAAGAUUCUGGUGGUUUAUUCCACCACUGAAUGAUGACAAAAUGACCUAUAUUUUGGUCAUGCAAUUUUCUGCUGCAACAGAGGAGUUGUCCACACUGGACUUGUGUUAUAGAGUUAAAAAAAUGUGUUUAGAUUAAUCUAAACUGAAAUAUUGUGCUCUGUAAUAUUGUCAUUAAAAUGUCCUAUUUGUACACA